AUGACCGCGGUCUCCCGAUACCACGACUUUCCACCGUCCACACCCGUCCUUCGACGCUCGUUGAGGCACGGAGGCGCUCAUCCCGACCAGACCCCAAGCGACAGAGCCAACGCCACCAUCGGCGACAGUCCGCUACCACCUGCACCCGUCAGCCACUUCCUCGGAGACGCCGAGUCCGAAUCGGAAGCACCCGCACCUCUGGCCAGCAGUGUAGCUGCACACGCUCACAACAACACCAAUACGGCACAUCCGCGACCCAGAUUCCACCGCACCUCUUCAGAAGCGCAACGGGAGACACACUCGGAUCCAUACGACGACUCGCCAGGCACAGGCCGCAGAGCGAUACCUGCACCAUCCACACAGCGAGACGAGCUUCACCACCUCAGAGCAUCCAGUAUCUUCCGUGAGGUACAGGCACAGGAACCACUCAGCCGAUCGUCACCAUUUGCAUCAUCAGCAGCGUUCCAACACGACGAGUUGCGGUCAAAGAGCUCGCCGCCGCUGCGUUCGGCAAAGGUAGCCCUCCACGGCUCUACCUCGCCUCCCUACAAUGUUGCCGAGCUGAGAAGUGCCGCAACGCUGCCGAAUCGUAGGCGCAGCAACGAGAAGGCCGACGAGGAAGAGGAGAAGAAGGUCCGUUACGCUCCCAUCGACGAACGCGCCUCGGUCAAGCGCGAUACUCCCGAUGAUGCAGUGGCCCGCAGCACCGCAGCAGCAGCUUCCUCCAGCGUUCAGCCAUCGACAGGCUACCGUACUCCCGCCAUGACCGGCCGCGCCCUUCGAUCGAGCGCUACCUCGGCUGCCCCGACCACGGCCCAACGCAGUGCAGCGCGAAGCCUGCGCACCCUCACACGCUCGUCCAAUCGACACCCUCCAGCCAGACGUGUGGUGAGGCGAUACUCGGACGACGAAGAUGACGAUUUGGAAGAAGAGGGUGGUGCCAAUGCGGAUGGGGCCAACAAGAGCAGGGAGGAGGCCCAGAGUGUCAGUCCCGAGAACGGCAAUGAACGUCGUUCGCGUCACAACCAAGAUGGCAGCUCCAACUCGGGCUCCGGAUCGGGCUCUGGCUACGCAUCUGGUCCUGGUGCACACGGCUCAGCGGAGGCCAUCGAACGGCCGGACAAACGCUUCCUGCCGUAUGGGUACGAUGCAGAGAAUCAAAAGAUUAGAGCAGAGAUGAUGGAGAGAGCGUCGUUGGUGCGGUCUCCCGGCCCCGAGUCCAGACCGUCCCGCACCGACGCCAGUCCUGAAGCGCAAGAUCAGGACUACGACAUGCAGCCGCCACCGCCACCUCGCAGGAACGAAGCACACCCGUUUGCACGAAGAGCUAAUCUCGAACAGGCCAAUGGUUCGAUCCAUCCUACCAAAGGCCAGGCCGAAGCGAUCCAAAACUUCCUGGCUUCCAACAUUGCUGCGCCCGUCGAUCCGAUGGCGCAUCGCCGCUUGGUUGCACCCUCUGCUAACGACCUACGAGCCGGUCAAAGAGCUGCGGCUGCCAACGACGCCCAGCCCAAACCUUUGACAUCCAUGUCUUCCGCCUCGGUAGCAUCGACGCAGGCCAGCCACGGAAACGACGACGAGCCAGCAGAGGAGGAAGCCUGCCGUCUCUACUCCGAGAUCCGACACGAGGCCAUCUGGGCAGAAACGACACGACAGAUGCAGAAGCCGCUCAGCCAGCACGAUCGCUUCAUGAAGGAGAUUUCCGGAUCUACACGAUGUGUCAAGCUUCCCGGCUUCAAGUUCCGCAGAAAGCAGCUGACCAAAGGUGGAUUCUCCACGGUCCACGUCUUGCGAGGUCCUGCGUGCGAAAAGGUGCGAAAUCCGGAGACGCAGAUGAUCGACGAGAUGGCGGUGCCCGAAGAGCAGCAGGCGUUCUUUGCGCUCAAGCAGGUCGACCUCAAGCAGAUCGAGAGCGAGCAGGACAAGCUCGACCUCAUCGCGGAAGCGAACCUCUUGCGCACGCUGUCAGAUCUGCAAGGCAGCGAGAUGUACCUGCUGCGCUACUUUGGACACCACGUCACGGUCGACAAGAACGGAACGCCCGACAAGCUUCGCAUCCUCAUCGAACUCGGCGAAGGCGAUUUCGGAACACUCCUUGCGCAACAGGCACCUCUGCCACGCGAAGCCAUCGCGCACUACUUCCGUGAGAUGCUCGAGGCGGUGCACUUUAUUCACGAAGCCAAUCUGGUGCACGCCGAUCUAAAGCCCGCCAACUUCCUCAUGGUGGACAACCGCAUCAAACUCAUCGACUUUGGCAUCUCGAAAAAGAUCCCCAAGGGCACGGUUCACAUUUCGCGCGACAACAUCAUCGGCACGCCCAACUACAUGGCACCGGAAGCGAUCAAGAUUGCGCGCGCCAAAGGAAGACGCGUGUACAAAGCGGGUAAGCCGAGCGAUGUGUGGUCGUUGGGAUGCAUCUUGUACCAGAUGAUCUGGGGUCGGCCGCCGUUCGAUCGUGUUCCGGCGAACAGGAAGCUGGAAGCGAUCGUGGAUCCGGACCACGAGAUUGUUUGGAACCGGUUCAGGGAUCCGAGGUAUCCGGACAGGAUGGAGGUGGACGACGAGUUGCUGGAUUGCGUCCAGUCGGCGUUGAGGUACGGAUCGGAGGACAGGGCUACGAUACCGCAGCUGCUGAGGCAUCCAUUCUUGAGAAAGUACGCGGGCGAGGAAGAUGAGAUGGACGAAGAGCAAGGAGAAGUCGUGGAUCUCAACGAGGAGGUGACCGUCUCCAGAAAGAUGCUGAGGAGUCUGGUGGCCAGGAUCAGGACGUUGGCGUUGCAGCAGGAGUUGACAGAGGAGAAUGUAGUGGAGAGGGCGGAUUUGCUCUUCUUGAAUCUACUGCAGGCGCAGCAGCAACAACAACAACAGCAACAGUAG